CAUGGAGCCUCGCGGGUUUGCGGGGCUGACGGAGCCUCGGGCCGGCGUCUGAAGCGAGAGAGGCGUAGCGCGGCCAGCGCCACUGGGGACACGCAGGCCGGUCCCGCAGCCGCCACCAUGUCGGUGCUGGGCGAGUACGAGCGACACUGCGAUUCCAUCAACUCGGACUUUGGGAGCGAGUCCGGGGGUGGCGGGGACUCGGGCCCGGGGCCCAGCUCCGGCCCGGGGCCACGAGCGGGCGGCGGCGCGGCGGAGCAGGAGGAGCUGCACUACAUCCCUAUCCGCAUCCUGGGCCGCGGCGCCUUCGGGGAGGCCACGCUGUACCGCCGCACCGAGGAUGACUCAUUGGUUGUGUGGAAGGAAGUUGAUUUGACCCGACUGUCAGAGAAGGAACGUCGUGAUGCCUUGAAUGAGAUUGUUAUUCUGGCGUUGCUGCAGCAUGACAAUAUUAUUGCCUACUACAAUCACUUCAUGGACAAUACCACUCUGCUGAUUGAGCUGGAAUAUUGUAAUGGAGGGAACCUGUAUGACAAAAUCCUUCGUCAGAAGGACAAGUUGUUUGAGGAAGAGAUGGUGGUGUGGUACCUAUUUCAGAUUGUUUCAGCAGUGAGCUGUAUCCAUAAAGCUGGAAUCCUUCAUAGAGAUAUAAAGACAUUAAACAUUUUUCUGACUAAGGCAAACCUAAUAAAACUUGGAGAUUAUGGCCUAGCCAAGAAACUUAAUUCUGAGUAUUCCAUGGCUGAGACACUUGUGGGAACUCCGUAUUACAUGUCUCCAGAGCUCUGCCAAGGAGUAAAAUACAAUUUCAAGUCUGAUAUCUGGGCAGUAGGCUGUGUCAUUUUUGAACUGCUUACAUUAAAGAGAACAUUUGAUGCUACAAAUCCACUCAACUUGUGUGUGAAGAUUGUACAAGGAAUCCGGGCCAUGGAAGUUGAUUCUAGCCAGUACUCUUUGGAACUGAUUCAGAUGGUCCAUGCGUGCCUUGACCAGGAUCCUGAGCAGAGACCCACAGCAGAUGAACUUCUGGAUCGCCCUCUUCUCAGGAAACGCAGGAGAGAGAUGGAGGAAAAAGUCACACUGCUUAAUGCACCUACAAAAAGACCAAGGUCAAGCACUGUGACUGAAGCACCCAUUGCUGUGGUAACAUCACGAACCAGUGAAGUCUAUGUUUGGGGUGGUGGAAAAUCCACUCCCCAGAAACUGGAUGUCAUCAAGAGUGGCUGUAGUGCGCGGCAGGUGUGUGCAGGGAAUACCCACUUUGCUGUGGUCACAGUGGAGAAGGAACUAUACACCUGGGUGAAUAUGCAAGGGGGUACUAAACUCCAUGGUCAGCUGGGCCAUGGAGACAAAGCCUCCUACCGACAGCCAAAGCAUGUGGAAAAGUUGCAAGGCAAAGCUAUCCGUCAGGUGUCUUGUGGUGAUGAUUUCACUGUCUGUGUGACAGAUGAAGGUCAGCUCUAUGCCUUUGGAUCUGAUUAUUAUGGCUGCAUGGGGGUAGACAAGGUUGCUGGGCCCGAAGUGCUAGAACCCAUGCAGCUGAACUUCUUCCUGAACAAUCCAGUGGAGCAGGUCUCCUGUGGAGAUAAUCAUGUGGUGGUUUUGACACGAAACAAAGAAGUCUAUUCUUGGGGCUGUGGCGAAUAUGGUAGGUGUAGCCUUGUCUCUGUCCACUUAUUCUCAGGACGACUGGGUUUGGAUUCAGAAGAGGAUUAUUAUACACCACAAAAGGUGGAUGUUCCCAAGGCCUUGAUUAUUGUUGCAGUUCAGUGUGGCUGUGAUGGGACAUUUCUGCUGACCCAGUCAGGCAAAGUGCUGGCCUGUGGACUCAAUGAGUUCAACAAGCUGGGUCUGAAUCAGUGCAUGUCUGGAAUCAUCAACCAUGAAGCGUACCAUGAAGUUCCCUACACAACCUCCUUUACCUUGGCCAAACAGCUGUCCUUUUAUAAGAUCCGUACAAUUGCCCCAGGCAAGACUCACACAGCUGCUAUUGAUGAGCGAGGCCGGCUGCUGACCUUCGGCUGCAACAAGUGUGGACAGCUGGGCGUUGGGAAUUACAAGAAGCGUCUGGGAAUUAACCUAUUGGGAGGACCCCUGGGUGGGAAGCAGGUGAUCAGGGUCUCCUGCGGUGACGAGUUUACUAUUGCUGCCACUGAUGAUAAUCACAUUUUUGCCUGGGGCAAUGGUGGUAAUGGUCGCCUGGCAAUGACCCCCACGGAAAGACCACAUGGCUCUGAUAUCUGCACCUCAUGGCCUCGGCCUAUUUUUGGAUCUCUGCAUCACGUCCCAGACCUUUCUUGCCAUGGCUGGCACACCAUUCUCAUCGUUGAGAAAGUAUUGAAUUCUAAGACCAUCCGGUCCAACAGCAGCGGCUUAUCGAUCAGAACUGUGGUUCAGAGCUCUAGCCCAGGAGGCGGCGGCGGUGGGGGAGAAGAGGAGGACAGUCAGCAGGAAUCUGAAACUCCCGAUCCGAGUGGAGGCUUCCGAGGAACAAUGGAAGCAGACCGAGGAAUGGAAGGUUUAGUCAGUCCCACGGAGGCCAUGGGGAUCAGUAGUGGGGCCAGCAGCUCCUGCCCUGGCUGGCUUCGAAAGGAGCUGGAAAAUGCAGAAUUCAUCCCCAUGCCUGACAGCCCAUCUCCCCUAAGUGCAGCUUUUUCAGAAUCUGAGAAAGAUACCCUGCCCUAUGAAGAGCUACAAGGACUCAAAGUGGCGUCUGAAGCGCCUUCGGGACACAAGCCCCCAGCAGGCGCCUGGCCGCCUCAGCUGAAUCCUGCAGCGACGUGUGCUGGGAAGGCAGCACCAUUACCUCCUACCUGUGCCUGCAGCUCUCUGCAGGGGGAGGUUGAGAGAUUGCAGGGGCUGGUGUUAAAGUGUCUGGCUGAGCAACAGAAGCUACAGCAAGAAAACCUCCAGAUUUUCACCCAACUACAGAAGCUGAACAAGACAUUAGAAGGAGGGCAGCAGGUGGGGAUGCAUUCCAAAGGAACUCAGACCGCAAAGGAAGAGAUGGAAAUGGAUCCAAAGCCUGACUUAGAUUCAGAUUCCUGGUGCCUUCUGGGAACAGACUCCUGUCGACCCAGCCUCUAGUCUCCUGAGCCUGUAUGGCCUCCAGGAAACUGGGAUCCAAAGAACUUCACAGCACACUCACUGAAUGCAGAGCGCGCUUUCCUGGCUUUGUUCACUUGCAGACAAGGAGUGCAAGGCGGAGGCUCUGAAGCACUUUCCGCGUACACUUGGAGAGUGGCAUUGCCGAUUAGAUAGGAUCUAGGAGUGGUUUUGUUUUGGAGAAUGGAGGGGCCCCAUGGCCCUGGCUUUGUCCUCAGUGGCUGCCAUAGCAACAGCAGCUCUGUACCUCAUCUGGUGAUCCCACCUUCGAAGAGGAGACACAAUGCUCACCUUAAUUUUGCUGGUAGCAGCUUAUAUCCCAUUUAUCAUUUCACCAGUACUUGGAAGCUGCCUUGGGAGUUCAGCACCAGGCAUUGCACCUCUGGGUGGAGGAGGGAAAAGUGUGAAACUCGAGUGGGCUGGAACCAGGUGGGGCCCACACAGGCUCAUCUGGAGGGUGGUGAAGUGGUCAAGCCCUCUCCGGAGCCCUGAGUCUGGGAAAAUAUGUUUGCUGGAGUCAAUCUCGGGCUUGUUUUCAGAAAGUUCAGUUACUUAGCGCAGCUAAAUGCUUUAAGAGGAAAAGUGGGCUUAGAUUGCUUUUCCUCUGAGGGUCGAUUAAAAUGUCUUCAGUGACGAAGAGAGAAAGAAGGUUAGGGUCCUUCCUCGUCACACAGCUGGGGUUGCCGUCUGUGGCCGAUGCAGGUAGGAUUCCCUGAUUCUGGAAGGUACCUCUUAGAAAAUUGAGUCAGUGGGGCAACAGGAAUGGCCUUAGAGAAAACCAUGAGGGAGAGAGGUCCUCCGUUAGCUGCCUCUACUUGGUAUCUUUAGGAAGGACUAGAGUGCCUCUGCCUUCGUGGCUCUUCAGGUCUUAUCCCACUCCCUUUCUGUAUGUCUAGUCAGUAUUAGUCUCUUUUUGGUGUUUUAUGAAGCCAUAUCAGUGAAUCUGUAUCAUCUUUCCUACUUGAGUGGCCCAAAGCCAGACGGAAACCUGGUAGUCCCUGAAGCCUAAGAGAACAGGCGGAAGCUGCCAAGCGAAAGGAAUUUGGCUGAGAGCUCCGUUCUAAUCCCCUAGUCGUUCUGUCCUUAGAGUCAAGAAGCAAGCUAGCUUUCCCAAAGAGAGAGUGUCCUCAAAGCUCUUGAUGGUUUUCACUGAAGGAUGUGAGCUUUGUGUUUUCACCUAGGCUUCCAAAAUGUUCCUUUAGUAUUUUGGGUCAUAGGACUUGCCUUGAUGAGCCUCCCAUCCUCCCUCCUUAGAAACCGCUAAAUUAAUUUUUGUUUCAUUUUCCCCAAACCAAAAAAUGAAUGUUUGAUAUCUCUUCGGUAUUUUGGAAGGACCUGUGCAAUGGAAAUUUUGCCAUUUCCCUAAAACUGAUGGGAUAAAGGCUGAUGCUUGGGGAACACCCCAUGGCUGGGGACGGGCAACUCUGUUCAAUGGGAUCUUCUUUGGUUUGAUGUUCCCAUUGUUUUCUCAAUUCUGGGAAGCCUAGUACAAUGGUACUAACGUAAUCACUAAAGCCUUUUCUUAAAGUAAGGGAAGGGGCCAACCCCAGAUUAAAGUUACAAGUUCUGGGGACUUCGGGGUUUGCUGUGAACCCCAACAGUGGGUUUUGGUUCAUCAUGUAAAUGCACCUUUGAUUUUUUUUUAAGGACUGACUGGCUUUUCACGUUCCUGUAUCCCUCAUACUCACCAUCUCAGCAGGCCUGAGAGGCAGGCUCAGUUUGGGUGUUAAUCCUGAGUAUUGCUUCUGCUGUGAAACUGAGGAACAGGGGCACGUUGCUGAGACGGGGAUGGAAGUGAGCAUGGAAGAGAGGGAAGAGCCCUGCUCUUGUUCCAGAGGGAGCCGUUCCCUAGCAGGGGAACACUGCUCAUUUUCUCCAACAUGUUCCCUCAGGAAGUCUCGUUUGCUGUUGAUCUGGCUGAGAAUCUGAGUUCUGUGCCUUAGAGACAAUUUGCACUUUCCCAAUUGUGCCUGGGACAGCCACAUGACUUCUCCCACCAAACAGCUAUGCAAACAGAAACCAGUUCAAAGGUGGCGGCCAUGCAUUAGAUAAAAACUGAAAGGUUAGGCAGCAGAGAUGCCUUUGAAUGGUUUUCUGUAGCUAAUUCUCUUGAAGUUUGUCCUGCUUUGCUUCUUUCUGCAGCACGAGGUGUUUUCAGUUUCCCAGUAGUAUUGCUUUUGAGUUACCGUAUAACCUGAGUUACUCCUCCGCUCUGACAUUGUUGCUGAAGAACUAGCUCAUUGUUAGCCAGAUGUUUGAAAGGUUGAGGGUGGAGUGGUUUGGCAUUUCUGUUUUAAAUAAACAUUUAAACUCUCAAUCAGUGCUAUGCCUGCGCAUGGACCUUAGUCACUGGGGAUGAAACACCCAGAUACGAGGCCUUCGUGAAUCUUUGAUUCAGUGAGUCUUUCUCUAAAUAAAUAAAAGACCUUGUAACAGAAACAACACAAGGCACAUUUGCACACAUAAUCUUUGCUUCUUUUCCAGUUUCUUUUUCUUGCUAACAGAAUCAUCUCUGCUGCUACAACUUUUUUCCCCCAAACUUGUCAAAUACAGUGCUUAAAAUGCAGAGGGAGGGGAAAAAAUGAGCCACUGGAAGAGGAAAGAGCACUUCUUGUACUAACCUCCUCAGUCACAGUGGGCUUUUUCUAGUGAUUAUGUGUGUCUAUGUUUACAAAACUGUUUUCCCUCUGAGAGGGUGAACACUCUUUGGUCUCCCUGGCAUAGCACAGCCAAGUUACCCCUUCUCUUGGCUGAGCAUUUCACUGAAGUUUAAAGUUAAAAGCAGCCUCAAACUCACAUUUCAUUUGACUUGCCAUAUAUUUGGAAACAUUCAUAACAGAAAGAACAACUCUGGAGCAAGGAUGUAUUAUAAAUAAAUUCUUUCAAAUGAGUA